CAGACUUCAGUCUCACACGGCUUCGUGUUGGCUCGUUUAUAUAUUUAUUUUAUCUGAUGUCAUAUUUUUAAGAAUAUGUAAAAUUAAGAUGAUUUAAAAAAAUGUGUUUCAUGAUGAAAUGAAGGUUUUUGCCAACAGUUUGUACAGAAUCGUGCUUUUAUUCUGAUAAAACCCAGGCGGAAGUCUUGCUUGUUGUUUGUGCCAGGGGGAAGGAGGUGAUGGAGGGAGGAGGAGGAGGGGGAAGAGGAGGAGGAGGGCUGAUGUGUGCUGAUCAGCAGCAGGUCUGAUGAUGAUGAUGGUGAUGAUGAUGUGAGUCAGAGAGCGGAGGGUUCAGGAUGCUCACAGCCGCUCCGGAGUAGACAAACCCCGCACACAGAGCCGCAGAGGAGCCGCAGAGGAGCCGCAGAGGAGCCGCGCGUACAGGUCAGUUUUCCAGAGCAACCGGCGGACUCCGACUCCCAGAAUGCCAGAGCAGAGUAACGACUACCGGGUGGUGGUGUUUGGAGCCGGAGGGGUGGGGAAGAGCUCGCUGGUGCUUCGGUUUGUUAAAGGCACCUUCAGAGACACCUACAUCCCCACAGUGGAGGACACCUACAGACAGGUGAUCAGCUGUGAUAAGAGUGUGUGCACGCUGCAGAUCACCGACACAACAGGAAGUCACCAGUUUCCCGCCAUGCAGCGACUCUCCAUCUCCAAGGGCCACGCCUUCAUCCUGGUCUACUCCAUCACCAGCCGACAGUCACUGGAGGAGCUCAAACCCAUUUACCAACAGGUUCUGGCCAUCAAAGGCACUGUAGAGUCCAUUCCCAUCAUGCUCGUGGGCAACAAAAGCGAUGAGACGGCCCAGCGUGAGGUGGAGACGAAGGAGGGCGAGGCUCAGGCCGGUGCCUGGAAGUGCGCCUUCAUGGAGACGUCGGCCAAGACGAACACCAACGUGAAGGAACUGUUCCAGGAGCUGCUGUCCCUGGAGAAGAAGAGGGACAUGAGCCUGAGCAUCGACGGGAAGCGUUCAGGGAAACAGAAACGAGCCGACAAGCUGAAGGGGAAGUGCAGCGUCAUGUAGAGCGAGAGGCCGACUGUCUGUAGAGGAGGCAGGACGGGGACUCGACUCCCCCCCAUCUUUCUCCAGCUCUGCAUCAUGGAGGACACGUCUUCUUCUUCGGUGGUGCCUCCUCCUAUGUGUGUCUGAACACUGAAGCCCGGAGGAACAAAACGAUGAGACUGAUAAUGAAACUUUAUUUAUAGCGGGGCCUCGGGCCACUCGUGGCCCUGAACUGGAUCUUGUUUGUGGCCCCAAAAUACUUUUAUCGCUCUAACAUUAUAAUAAAGGAAUACUCCUCUGAUUUUUGUUGUGAAACCAAGCCUGAAGAAACCUGUAUGUAUAGUCCUCUGACAGAAAAUGUAUAUUAUUUGGAAUUAUUGCGAACACUAAGAUGUAGCUGACCCGACCAGUGCCUGAACCUGACUGGUACUGACUCAUCUGAGACUCAGACCAAUCCUGAAUCAAUCUAAUUUUUUUGAAUCAGUUAUGGACCACUGGCUCGCGAACCUAACGCAGCACAUUGGGCACACUCUGUUCCCAAUGGCUGUCAGACAGAAACACACAUGACGACAUGCAAACAGAGAGAUGACUCGGGAAAAAAGUCUCAUCAAUUCCCAACACCUGAACCUCGGCAGAACCAGAAGGAAAUGGCCCAAAAGCAGGUUCAGGUGGAGUGCAAAUCUGCUCAAGAGGAGCUCAGAGCUGCUAACUUUAGCAUCAAAUAUGAGGACGGGCUCACAGGCCGCCGAUGAUGCCGUGCUGGCUGAGCUAACAAAAUGAUUAUAUAGAGAGUUAGCUAGAGCUAGGCUAAUGUUUGGCUUUAGAAGUAACAUCAGGUUGCAUUUGUGGAUGCAAGCUAGUUAGCUGAACAUGCUAACUUUUUAGCCCAGUCUCAAACCAAAAUGCAUCAGACCCUCAGAUCCACUCGAGGACAGUGUAGGUGUCCCAGUCUCAGGGAGGCUGUAAUGGACGGGUGUGUAAAGACAGUUACACAUACGUGAAUGCUACGUACGCUAACGUGUUAAUGUGGCCGGUGCAGGAUGUGAGGAACACGAAACUCAGCGUGCUGGUUGUCGUCUGGUUGAGUGGCUGUUGACUGUGUGUGUGAUGACGACAGUGAAGAGCGACUUCAAACAAAAUCUUUAUUUUACGUGAAACUAAAAUUAAUCACAAAGUUUUAUUGAAUUCACUUUGAGCGUGUUUCUAGAGACUUCUACUCCCCGUUGCCAGGAUAAGUCUCCACCAUCCAAACUCUUCUUCUACAGGUUUGUUGAACAUCAUUUGCUAAACAUUGAUUGGACAAUUAAGGGGGUUUAGUGGAUGACUGAUUAGCAGAGUGACUCUGUCAUCAAUUUAAAGAAAGCAAAGACCUGAGUCACACAUCAGACCAAACACAGUGGAGUAUUCCUUUAUUUAAUGAGACAAGGGACAUUUCUGUUGUUGGUGGUUGUGACUCUGAACAUGGACUGUUUCCUGCUGUCAUUAGAGGAGCGCCUCCGCAGGCUGACAGCAUUCAGCCUCCACAGAAACACUCAGCAGUGUUUCCUCCAGCAGCUGCUCCCCUGACGGACUGCACAGCAAACAGCAGACGCUCUCACACUAAAGGCUUCGAUCAUUUCAACGAGCACGAGCCGGCCUUUCGCUCUGUUUCUCUGUCAGACUGCAACACGUGUUAGCAUCAGUGCGUAGCUGUUGGUGCAGCAGCAGCAGUAAGAACUGUAUUUGUUCAUUUAGAGGAAGAGUCCAGGACUGAGGGAACCUCCAGAGUCAGCUGCUUCUCAUCAGUUUAUCUCAGUGUGUCCACUACUGACAGGAGUCCUGGCUUAGCAUCAGUACUGGAGUAAAGCUAGCCUAGCUCUGUCAAAACAAGAUCAAAAACUGACAUAAUGACAGCUUCUGUUCUGAUUCAAUGGUGGAUGUUGUUAGUUAACAAACUAAAACUCAAACCUGACGUCCUCAGAAUGAAGUGGAAGAUGUUUGAGGGUUUUGUGAGUUAAAGCAUCCCUGAAUUUUCACAUCACAGAUCACUGAUCACAGCACCGAACACGGAAUCUAACAGUUCAAACAAGAUGAAUUUGCAUGCAUUUAUAAAAUAUCACCAGAAUCAAUUGCUGAUAAAAAUGUUGCUUGAAUUAAUUUUUCCUUGCAGUGAAAUAUUUAUUUGUGACAGAAAACCACCAACUUUAAUGUGAUGUUUCAAAGACAGAAUGUCUUCUUGGCACAUCCUGUUUUGUGUAUUGAGACUUGUUCCAUCACUCGAUCAUUUAAAGUAGCGACCUGAUGAACGACGUCGUCUUCACUCUUCAACCUCCUGAAACACUUUACAGUCUACAGAGAUUUCUCUGGACAAGAUUAAAAGCAGAUUGCACUUCCGACUGCACCGUAACACUCGGCCCUGAUACAAUCACUGAACAAACUCGUUGCUGUACUAGAAGAUCUUGGAUCAUAUCUUGACAGGCUGGACACUUGCUGGAAGGUGUAUUUUGUUUUUAAUGGAGCUCAACUAGUUUCACUCAGUAUUUAAAGUGAUCCUGAUGUUGUGGCGUCUCCUCCUCAGAUGGAGACGUCGGUCUGUCUAUAUAACUCUUCUCAUCUGACAACAAGAGGGAUUCUAAAUGUGGGACUGUUCCUUUAACGGUCAGGCCAGAGGCCUGGAGGCUGUGUGGGCGGUCGGUGUGUAUUUAAAAUGCCUUUCCUACAACUUUACUUGACAGUUUGGUUUAUUACCUGAACACAAGUGAGCUUAAAACUCUUUGAAGCACAAACACAUCAGACUGACGUCAGAGCUGCAGAUCUGUUUCUCACAGCAGUGAGUCACAUUUUAUACACUGUUAACAAUGUGUUUGUUCUCACUGUAAAAAGCUUUUCAACACCUCACCUCUCUGUUCAUCACUCCGGCUCUACCAAUAUUAAAAUGGCUGCACUUUGUCUGUAGGGGAAAUGUUCGAUAAAUCGCUUAGUUUCAGUUCAUUAAUUCCAACCUGCCGAAUCUUUCAUAGUUUAAUCUGAAGUCUCCAGCUGAUGUUCAUCUCCAGUCUCUUUCUGGAUAAUGGAGGGGCGGCAGCAGAGUAACUGUUAAUCCUCUUAUUCUCAGAAAACCUGACAAGUACAAAAUAUAUUUUUUAAACUAAAUGAGAUGUCAGACAGACUUGAAUCCAGAUUUGAAUCAUGUUUUCUUUUACAUUUUCUUCUGUGAGUAAGUGUUCGUCUGUGGACGUUAAGCACCAAUUUAAAUUCUGCUUUACAUGUUAAUUUUUAUUCAAAUCAAGAUGUAAUUUACACCUGAAUGGUUUUAUUAAACAGUAACAGAAGAAAGGUGUAGAAGAAAUGUCAUUAAAAUCUGGAGAACGACUUAUUUAACUGGAAGAGAAUAAAAAGGAUUAAGCAGUUAUUCCAGAAUCACUUUUUACAGCUUCACCUUCACACAAGGCUCAGAAUUUAAAUAGAAAGACCAAACUUUUUUUUUCAUGUCUUUAAGUUUUUGCCUUCAAACAAAAGACAAACAUCAGAAUCAGAAACUCGCGUCAGUCAUUGAAUCAGCAGAGAAACAAGUCUGAAGGCUGAGUCGCCCUCAGAAGUUUUACUUUUUGAGAGUAGAUGGAAACUUCUGACUGAAUAAAAUCAGCGCUGUUGUACAGAAAAUAUCUGUGUGUCUUUAAUUACAGCUAGUUAAAACCUCUGAAUACACCAGCAGACCUCCAACAGUGUUAUACUCACACAUUUCACACACGACUGAUUAUUAUUACGACUGUCAACACUUCCAUCACAGUGUGUUCAGGUUCAGACUCAUGACUGCAGGACAAACACAAACUCAUGUGAGUGUGUCAGAUUUAACAUUUUGUUUGGAGCCCGAAAUAUUUUUGUAAAGAAAACAUAUAAAUUAUUAUUUUAAUUUCCUGAUUAAAAUCCUCCAUCAGCAGCACAGAGGACAGCUCUGCUGCCACCUGCUGGUGCAGGUGUCACAUCACUGCUGGGUGUGGCGAGCAGAGAGGAUUUACCACAAGUAGUCGGAUAUUUUACUCCAGUAAAAGAUGGAACUAAAUUUAACACCUCUGGGCUGUUAAUCUCUAAUAUUACAUCAUCAUAUUGUAGUUUAUUAUAUUCUAUAUUUUAUAUCUAAAUGUGCAAAGUAACUUAACGUGAAACUCUCUCCAAAAUGCAACCAAGGCUUUUUUUUUGUGAAUGUAUACGAGUCAAAACUUUGUGUAAAAGCAUAAUUACGAUGAAAGAGGCACAUUUAAGAUUUACCAUAUUUUUCCUUUUCAG